AAAGCAUUUUCCUAUUAACGUUAUUUGAAGAGGAAGGGCAAAACCUAUCAUCAUCUUAACAAUGGUGUCACUGAAGUUGCAGAAGCGGCUAGCUGCCAGCGUACUGAGGUGCGGUAAGGGAAAAGUGUGGCUCGACCCCAACGAAACAGUUGACAUCUCCAUGGCCAAUUCUAGACUGAACAUAAGAAGGCUCGUUAAAGAGGGUCUAAUAGUAAAGAAGCCAAUGGCAACGCACUCAAGAUGGAGAGCAAGGCAAAUCCAUGAAGCCAAGAGAAAAGGGAGGCAUACUGGCUAUGGAAAGAGAAAGGGUUCUAGAGAGGCAAGGCUGGCUUCCAAGGUUCUAUGGAUGAGGAAAAUGCGUGUGAUGCGACGGCUGCUUCGGAAGUACAGGGAAUUGGAGAAGAUCGACAAGCACAUCUACAAGGAAACAUACAUGAAGGUGAAGGGAAAUGUCUUCAAGAACAAACGUCUGCUUAUUGAGAGCAUUCACAAGCUAAAGAAUGAGAAGAAGAGAGAAGUGCUUUUUGAUCAGAUUGUAGCUAUUAAAGUCAUUGCCAAAGAUAGCAAGGAACAGAAAGUAGUCCUCAAGGAAGAAAGGUUGAGUCAACCAACAAAAUUCAUGUGUUGAAUAAAAUAAAAAUCAAGAUGAUGAAACUGUAUUUUGCCAGAGAUGCAGAAAUUCAUUUUCAGAAUCUAUCUAGAAUACAGAUGUAUGUAUAUUGUAAUCAACUUGUUGCAUGGUA